AAGGACAAUAAUUACGAAUCUAAGGUCUUCUAUUAUUACGUCAUACUAAAAUUAGGAUCAGUAUUAUGUAACCAUUUCAGAAUAUAUACUUAACGACAGAUAUAUAAGUGAGAUUAGAAAGAUUGGAAUCACAAUUAAAUAGUAUAAGUCAAGUUGAUAACUUUAUGAGUUGGGGCAAGUGUGAUUUUGGUUAUAUUCAUGCAUGAUGCAAUGAAGAUUUAUUAGGAAGUUUUAGAAUAGAUAUUAAAUUUGUGAAAAGAAUAUUGAGUAAUAUGAUGUGAAAAAGAAAAAGGAGAAACGAAGGAGGGAGGGAGGAAUAAAUGAAAAGAUUGGGGGAAUCUUGUGGAAAUGGAAGUCCAAGUGGGGGGAUGAUAUGUUUGGUAAGUUGCAUUAAAUGUAAAACUUUGGGAACGUGUAAUUCGUAAGAUAUAAUAUAGGCAUGUUUGGUUGAUGAGAAUGAUUAUACUAUAGAGUUUUGAGAUUGAGAAUUAAGGUUGAGGAGUUUGAGGUUUGAAGGAUGGAUAGAAAAUUGUUGGUGGAUAUUCAUAUACUGUUGGUGGAUGAUGAUGCUACUUCUCUUGCUAUCGUUUCAGCCAUGCUUAGACUUUGCAAAUACCAAGGUUUCUCUUUUCUCUUCUCGUUCUCUUCUGGGCUUCUUCUUCUUCUUCUACUUUCGGUUCUUCAUUUUCACAUGGGUGUCUAAAUUAAGUUUGGAUUACUACACAAUUUUGAGAUUAAGUUAGGAAGUUUUACCCUAUUGAAUUUCGUUUUUAAAACAAUGUUUGUUCAUUUACACUCGAGUAUUUUCAGCCACAUUUAAAAAACAAAACUAGGAAAGAAAUGGUAUCUAUAAACUUAGUUUUCAAAAAUUUAAAAACAAAGUAGUUACCAAAUAUAAUAGAACCUUAGAGAUAUCUUAUUUAUUUAGGUAGAAGUAAAAGGACAUGAGAAUAAGAUUUUCUUAUGAAACCCUCUUGUCCUUCCAAACCCAAGUAUUGAGAAUACCUAAUGAUAUUGAUAAAGAGGGUUAACUUUUUAGAUUUGAAUAAAGCAUAGUAUAGAAAGCUAUUGUAAAAUGAUGAUCAUCUCAUAUAUUUUUAUUUCAGUUGUGACUCUAAAAAACCCAAUGGAAGCACUCGAUACUCUUAGGGCAAGAAAAGGGUUUUUUGAUCUUGUUGUCACUGACCUCCACAUGCCUCAAAUGAAUGGUCUUCAAUUACAAAAGAAAGUAAUGCAAGAAUUCAAGCUUCCUGUUAUUAUGAUGUCAGCUGAUGAGAAGCCAAGUGUGAUACUGAAGAGUUUAGAAGAGGGUGUUGCAUUUUACAUGGUAAAACCAAUAAGCCUAGAGGAUGUCAAACAAGUUUGGCAAUAUGUUAUUACAACCAAAAAUGUUAUACCUAACCAAACAACAACAAUCAUCCAACGGCAACUGUCGAUCGACAAAUCGUCAAACUCUUCGACACCUUGUUCGGAAAAGGAGAUCAUCAAAUCUAAAUCAAGGUCAUCAAAAUUCAAGAACAAUAAGGCAAAGCAAAAAUCCAUAAAUGUUCCUAUAAGAAAGCCAAAAGUGAUUUGGACUAAUUCACUUCAUAAUCGCUUUUUACAAGCCAUUAGACUAAUAGGCCUUCACAAGGCAGUUCCAAAGAAGAUACUUGAGUUCAUGAAUGUGCCUGGGUUGACUAGAGAAAAUGUUGCUAGCCAUUUACAGAAGUACAGAAUUUUCUUGAGACGAGUUACUGAGAAGGGAAGUCAUUCAAUAAACAUACUUUCUGAUUGCACAUUACCAACGUCAAAUUUUGCUAAUUCUUCUCACUUCCAAUUUCAAUCCCAUUUAUAUACAUCAACACUCCAAUCCCAAAAUUCAAAUAGUUUCCUUCAAAAUAAACUACAUCUAAUAACUCCUUUGAACUUCCAAUGUCCUAACCCUAAUCUUGAAGGACAUUCUUUGCCCUGCCUUGGGAAUCAAAACCACUCAAGUGAUCUUUUGAUUCUCAACAAACCUAACUUCUCUAGCAACGGUAACUCCAUCUCGAGUUCAACUCAAAACGCUCAAAUUAUCGCGCCGAUGGAGAAUGAAAACCCUAAGUGUUCAAGCGAUGGAAUGUUGACGAAGACCGGAGAGAAUCAAAUGAUUUUUUUAGGUCAAGAUAAUGGGGCAUUUGCUGAGAAUUUUGAAGGUAAGCAAAAAAAAUUACCAGUGGUUUCUAACAAAAAUAUGGACGAGAGUGGUUCCUUUUUAGUGUCAUCAAAAGAAGAAGGGAAAGCAGCAGCUAAUGACACCAUUGCAUUUGAAGAUAUUGGUGACGACAACUACCAAAAUUGUUUUGAUGUUCUUAGUGAGAUCUUCAUGGAGCACAACCAGAAUCAAACUUCUUUAAGGAAGGAAGAAAUGGACGUGUCUGAUAUUUGGAAUGGGAUUGAAAUGGAUGCUUCAACAAAGCAGGAUCAUGUAAUCCAACCUUCAAGCCUCCCUACUCAGGGUUGGGAAGAUGAAAUUUUAGAAAUGCUUUUUGGAGAUGGUUCAAAUUCAUCAUAGAGGAAGUGUUGGUGAAUAUCACUGUUAAAACUCAAUAUGUGAAGGUAGUAAAUUUCUUGUGAGUUGAGACAAUGUAUCAUUGUGUUAGGUUAAUUUAUGAAUCCUUCGUGAAUUCAUCUCUUU